AGUAUUCAAUCUUUGCUUUAGUCAUCGUAUCAUGUUUUUGUCACUUAAUUGUCAAUAGCAAUGUUGGCAAAAUAGCAAAAACUAUCUUAUAAAAAUCUGAUUUGAUUUAAGUAGUUCAAAUCAGUUUAAGCUGUCGUAGAUGAGUUAAAAUCGGUCUAAUUCGAUCUAAAUAGAUGUAAAUCAGUUAAAUCAAGUAACAAUAUUAGUGUAAGUCUACAAAUUUUGUCUGAAAUCGUUUUUUGUAUAUCUAAUUUUAUAAUUCAUCAAAAUAAUUUUAUAAUUAAACUAAAAAAAUUAAAAUACCUAAUAUAAAUAUAUACUAUAUCAUAAAUAAACAAAUAAUUUGUUAACGAAUAGACAGGGUGCCUAGGCCGAAUAAUUCUCCGCUAGUCGCUAUGCCUAUACAAAGCGCCUAAUUACCACCUAUUGAUUUCUAUCUGCAUCAUCAGUUCUUUUAUGCUCAUUUGUCUUGACCAGGUUGAAUUUCCUCUCUAUAAACCGCUUUGAGAAGAAAAAGAACAUCAAUCUAGCCGUUUCAGCUUUUGCUAUUCUAUGCAAACAUAAGCAAAAUCUAACCGAUGUUGCCCUUACCGUUGCUGGAUGAACAUUUUGGUAUAGUUCCAUUAGAAGCAAUGGCUGCAUACAAACCUGUGAUAGCCUGCAACAGCGGUGGCCCUGUGGAGACAAUAAAGAACGGAGUAACAGGAUAUCUCUGUGAACUGACUCCAGAAGAUUUUAGUUCGGCGAUGGCUAAGUUUAUAGAGAGUCCUGAGUUGGCGAAGGGGAUGGGAAGUGAAGCGAGGAAACAUGUGGUUGAAACAUUCUCUGUGAAUCAGUAUCUUGUUCAUGUACUUUCAAGUCCUAAAGAAGAUUGACAUUCCUCUGUUUGGUAAUCAUAUAUCUUUUUACCAUACAAUAUAAGACGUGACAGCUAGCAAACAUAUACUUAAAAAUACUUGCAAGACUUUCUCUGUAACUUUUCUUGAUUUAUACUAUUUAUAGUCUUGAA